AUGUAUAAAAUUCAAGUUGUUUUAGUCCCGCCAAGUGUUAGGGACAAUUUUGUCCCUAUCGGAUUCACUUCCACCUUAGAAGAUUCCUCUCAUUUAUUAAAUACAACAGGAAACCAAAAUAAUGUACCGAACACACUAGAAAAUUCAAUUCAAAAUUGGAAUAAUACAAAUAAUUCACUGAUUUUGUCUAAUUACUUCACACAGCCAAGAUUAAAGAGAUUUUUGCUUUUUACUAAUCCUUCAAACACUUUGCUGGAUCUUGCUGAUGAGAUUCUAAUUAAAUGCGAAAAAAUAUAUCCUAAUUUGGCUAAUGAUAUAGAGAUCUUAACUCUACAAGAUAGUAAUUCUUGCGAUCUAGAUCCAGAUUUUAUAGUGAAGGAUGUUUUUAAUAUUGAUAAUACCGUACGAGUAAUAUUGAAGAAUGAAAUUAAUUUAGAUUCUAACACUACUCAGCAUGUAUCUUUGUAUGGCAAUGCUAAGAGAAGAAAACUAAAUAAUUUUGAAUCACAAUCUGUGCAACAACAACAGCAGCAGCAACAGCAGCAAAUCUACAGUGUAUCUUCGGGUACUUUAAAAGUGGCUAAAAAACGUUCAAAUGGUAAUUCCAAAACAAUCACAAAUCCAAAUCUUAGAAUAUCAACACCUUUGGCAAAUCAAAUAUUUCCAUCUCAAACUUCAAAUAAUUCAGAUGACGAAGAUAAUUUUGCUGAUAGGUCAUUUUUACCACCACCUACACAACCACAAUCACCUCCAAUUAGAAUUUCUUCUGGUAUAGAAAAUUCAAAACGAAUGAAGUAUUCAGCUAUGGAGGAUACCGUAUCUAGAUCAGAAACAGUGGACCCUGACAAGUCAAAACAACAACGUCUAUUAUCUGGUACUCCAUUCAGAACGGAUCUCACUCCUAACAGAGUCACUUUAACUGGUCAAAGAGUAGUCUCUGAAAGUUAUGAUGGCACCCCAAGAAGUAAUGGUUUAAUUUUUACUAGCACAACACAACCAUUAAGUGGUACAAGAAGAGGAUCCAUGAACAAUUCUAGAAUAACAUCAGGAAUGUUGACAAUCCCAGAACCAAGAAUUGCUGAAGUGGAAAAGGAAUUGAAGGAAGGUCCAUCUAGUCCUGCAUCUGUACUGCCAUUAAAAGCUGAUAGAAUACCAAUGAAAAAACCUUACAUGGAACAACAUCCUGUGAUAUCUGGUGAAGAUUCUUCCUCUUCCUCUUCUGAGACUUACGAGGCAGAAUUGAACAAAGGUGAACAAUCUCCAUCAUUAAGGAAAUCAGAUAUUAGUAAUCACAAUGAAUCACAAGAAUUGCCAUAUCCUGUUAAAAAUAGUCCAUUUAAUCCAACUGGAUCAUCUCAAAAUAAUUAUACUAAUAACAUUAGAAAUGACAACGAAAACAUAAACAAUUUACAAAACUCUUUCAGCAAAACAUCAAAGGAUUCUCAAAGAUUAAGUUCUUUAGAAGCCAAAUUGGAGAAUAAAUCUCAUUCUCAAAGAAGCAUUAGAAGGAUAGAUCAAUUUUCAGAUGAUGAAAAUGAAAAUGAAAAUGAAAGGAUUCAAAUUGCUAAAUUACCAACAAAAUCUAAAGUAGUGACUACCAAAGACAAUAUGAUAAAGAGAAAUAUUAAUGCAAAUAACAAUACUAAUGGUGAUGAUUCACGCAAUUCUAUAGACACAGACCAUGAAGCAAACAACACGGUUAGAUUUACUGACAUUCAAUCUGAAUUACAUAACAAGUCUCAUGAAGCUGUUCAAAAGAAAGAUUUAUUGAAUAUUGUAGAUAAGAGUCAAGAAGUCAAGACAACUGGAAAAUUAGCUGAUAUUCUUGAGAAACCUAUUAAACAAAAAGAAAACUCUACAUCUAGCCUAGUCGAACAUGAGAUUACUCCUGUUACACAAAUGAACACAAAGAAAAGAACUGCCUCUGAAACUGUCAAAGAACUAUUAAAAAGUCCAGAACACUCAACAAACAAAAAGAGUAAAAUAGAAACUACAACACAACAAGUGAAAAAGGAUACAAUAGAGAAUAGGAAAUCUAAUGAGAAUAAACCUGUUACAAACAAGUUAUUGAAAGUAUCUGACUCGGCCUCUAAAAUAAAUAAACAACAGAUACCUACUAAAGGACCUGUAGAGAAAACUACGGCUCCAGUAGCAUCAAAGAAAGAGGUUUCUAGCCCAAGCAAAACCGACAAAAUAGAUAAUUUAAAAAAAACAGAAAGUCAAGAUGGUGUGGACACAUAUGAACAAUUUGUUUUAAAAUCUAAUGCCAAACCAGUCCCUAUUAAAAUCAAUCCAUAUAAAAAUGUCGAAGUUCAGAGAUCAACUGUUGACGAAUCUGAGUAUUACACGACUUCUGAUGAUUCAUAUAAUAAUGAUGAUAAACAAAUAGAUAAGAAAACAUCCACUGAUAGGAAAUUAGAAAUAAAUGAUAUAACCUCGUUACAGAACAAAAUUCUAAAUAAAGAUGCAAAAGUAAAAGCAUCCAAUGUGGUUGAUGAAACAAAAGCUAUUUCGAAAACUACUAAUAAAGAAAUUUCCGAUACAAGUUCAUCGAAUUCGAAUUCUAGUGAUGAUAGUUCAGAAGAUGAGAGAAAAGCUACAGUUUGGAAACCACGUAGAGUGAAAAAGGACGUAUCACCUGAACUAGUCCAAAAAGCAAAGUGUACAGAAGUUUUAAUUAAAUCAAAACCGGCUCCAGUUAUAACUAAAAAACCAAGAUCAAAACAAAAGAUAUACCAAACACCUGAAUUUGUCAGUUCAAGUGAAGAGGAAACUACAGGAGAAGAAAACAAUCCUUCAUCAGGGACAAUAAAAGUAAAUAAAGCAAAUGAUACUAAAGCUUUGUUACGAAGUGCAACCCAAAAACAAUCACCAGAUGUUACUACAGCUACAUCUGACAGCAAAGCUAAACAAGAAAUUAAAUCCACUAAUAUCCCUAAAACUAAUCAAUCUGCUGAAUCUAAAAUGACAAACAUCACUACAAAAAAAGAUCCCAAAAGUAUUCCAGAAAACAAACAGUCUUUAUCGACUAAAAAGCAAGAUGAUAAAGUUUCUCCAUUGAAAAAGCAAGAAAUUUCACAUGUCAAGAGCAACAAGAAGGAAAAUGAAAGCUUCAUCGUAAAGAUAGAUUCUGAAAAAGCAAAAGUUUCCACUUCUAAAUCACAUAUAAAAGAUACUAAUACAAAUAAGUUAGAAGCAGUUGCCAUUAAAACUAAUACAGAAGAUAUGGUAAAAGAAACGCUUUCCAAAUCAAAUAAUUCUAAUAAAAAAAUAACUGCUAUUUCAUCAGUUAGUAAGGAAAUUGAUUUAAAAGAUUCACAAAAGAAGACCAAGGAACUGAUGUCACACAAACCAUCUACAAAGAAAUCCAAGGUUACAAUGCCCUCUAACGUUAAAGGUAAUACAAUUAAUAAAUUUGAAGAUAAAAGUAUAAAUUCUAAAUCCGAGGAUGCUUUAGAUAAAUCUAUCGGACAACAGGAUGAAGUCAAGGCUGGCUACAAAUCUUCUCAAAUAGUAGCAACUUUGUUUAAUACAACAAGUAAAUCAAGCACAUCUUCUAAAUCUGAGAGUGACAGUUCUUCAACUUCUGAAACUGAUUCAAAUAGUAGUGAUUCAUCAUCAGAUAGUGAAUCGUCCUCUGAAGAUAGUUCAAGUGAAGAUGAAUCACCUUCUACUAGAACCUCAAGAAGAAUAAUUGUUGCUCCGCCAAAAGGUUCAAUAUCUGACAGUAAACCACACGAUUUAAGUAAUAACACAAAUAUCAAGUCAAAAGGUGUAACAGGUAUUGAAAGUGUCCCACAAUCUACUCAACAGUCACAAAGAUCAGUUUUUAAAACUACCAAACAACCAUCUAUAACCAAACCACCUUUGACUGCAACUUCAAAGAUCUCCACUAUUCCACAUCCUUCUCAAGUAUCAGAAACUACAAUUUCAAAUAUAUCAUCUCAACCACCAAAACCAGGUGUUAAUUCUUCAUCAACGGCAUCAGCAACUACAGUUACAACUACUGAUUCCUCGACUAACAACAAUAUUAAUGUAAGUCCAUUAUCUAAAUUACCAAGAAAAUAUCGACCCUCAUUAAGCUCUUUAUCUGAUUUAGUAUCCAGAGGUAUACCGGAUGUCAAAGAAAAAACAAGUAAAAACAAUAUGCCAUCAUUAGUUAAAAAAGGUAAGAAUAUUAGGAAAGAUAAUUCUUCUUCGUCUUCCGAAUCAUUAUCUUCAGAAAGUGAGGAUAGUUCAAGUGAUGGUGAUUCCAGUUCCAGUUCCUCUUCUGAUUCAACUUCCUCUGAUUCUUCCUCUGAUUCUUCUGAUGAAGAAACCUACAUUAGUGCAAAAUCUGCUAAUGCUGCAUUAAAAAACAAGAAGAAAAAGAAAGCUGGAGAUGGAGGUUUUGCUUCAUUGAUUAAAGAUUCAAAAAAGUACAAAUAA